AUGAAGGAGCUCAUUGGCGAGGGCGAAGUUCGGCGCGAUCGGCAAAAGAUGAAAGACAAGAAGAGCCUGAACGAGGAGCGAGACAAGACGAUUGCGAGGAAGAAAGAGCAAGGAGGUCGCGGACGAGCUGCCGUCACGACAGCGAAGACGAGCGGUCGAGCGAUGGUUCUGACGCAGGCGAGAGAGCGAAAAGAGUACGGAGAGACUGCGAACGACGACGCCGGGAAGCCUCGGGUGCGAGCAGCAGUCGGCGCCAGGCUGACAAUGACGUGGACCGUGAGCAAUGGCGGCAUGACAGGUUCCACGAGCGAAGUCCUUCUCCUGAGCGCGUUCGACCGCCGACUGUGUGGGACACGCGAAAAGGCCAGUGGCGUUCGCGGGCAGGGGGCGUGUAUGUUCCGCCUCCGAAGGAAGAAGUUGAAGAGCUGGAAGAAGCGCUGGCGCGUUACCGACCCUCGCCACGAGGGAAUGAACGAAGCAAAGAUUGCAGCCGUUCCAAAGACGACCGGCACAGGCGCGAGAGUCGCGACUCCAGUCCUUCUCCUGUUCGACGCGGCAGUCCCGUUUACGAGUGAAGCGUUUGCCUUUCCUCUCGGAGCAGCAGAUCGCUGUGGGUCCGCGUGA